AAAGAUAAUUAAACAAAGAAAUUUAAACAAAUGACAAUGACGGAAAAGUUGGUGCCUGCCCCAUUAAGCCGAAUUCCCGGCACGAGCCAGGUAAAGGAGAAGCACAGCAAGGAUCUAAAAACCUUGAACUAUGUAGAACUGCUUGAUAUGAAGGAGCGGCAAGGAAAAUUUCUUACAUUCAAAAAACGUUUAGAUCAAUUGCCUGAUAAAGGAAGGCGAUUAAAGGAAUCAUAUGACAAGUUGCUGGAUGAGAUUACACGACGCGAUGAUGUAGAAGCAGCUGCACGGAUGCUAAGUGAGCUAAAUAUUGCAUCCAAGGGGAGAGUUGCCUUGGACAAUUUGGAAUGGAAUGGCAAGAUGACAGAUGACCAUGUGGCUGAUAUACUCGACAGCGAUGAUGAGUUGGAAAUGGAUCCUUUAAAGAUAAUUGCCCAAGGCACAAUGCACGAGAAGAAGGUUAAAGUAUUGCCAGCUGAAGUCACUCUAAUAACAGCUGAAGAUUUGGCCGAAAUAGAGACAUUCAAGGGGGCGAGUACUUCUCCAGACUCUACCGUACCUGCUGAUCUUAUCGAGGUUAAAUUAUCCCGAUUGGCCUUGACAAAGGAGUCAAACGACUCUGCCCCAGCGCCGACACUCCCGCUGGAGCAGCAUGCUCUCUAUCUCAUCGACAAGACAGAGCAUCAAAGGUCAGACAACGACCCUCCAGUGCGUGAGAAAUUUAAACCCUUUCGCACUACAGUCUCCAAUGUUCAUGAUCCUGAUAAAGAACGUGUCCGCAAAAAGGGCAAACAUUGGGAAAUCACCGCGGCAACUCCACCACUAAUCCAACACAAAGAAGUUCAGCUAGUACCAUUGGCAGAAUCAGCCAAUUUGCAAGUGGAUUAUAUGCAAAGGAUAAAGAAAUUGAAAAUCAAACAAGCGGAAGAACGUUUGGCUAGGCAAGGGGCCAUCAAAGACUUACCAACCUUAGCUUUGCCCAGUGAUUCGAUAUUGAAAACAAAAGAGUCUUUUCAAAACUAUCGUAAUCCUCAAAUUGAUUACUUAAUCGAGGGUAAAACAAAGGCCAUUGAGGCCAAUGAAGUUCUAGAUCCAACCACUACGGAGGCGUCCGGUACGAGUGGAAUUCACUAUACGGUUUACGAAUAAAUGUGUGAUAGAAAUUAUUCAGGUAAAUUCUUUAAGAAUCCUGCUGGCAAAUUAAAUAUUAAAGCUUAAACAUUUUUAUACCAACGAA